UGAGCCGGCCCACACGGUUUCACCCUCCGUCAGACCGUCAUUGUCGCUGCGGCCAUGUCCUCGUCCUCGUCCUUCCCCACCUCCCGCUUCCCCUUCGCCGCCGGCGCCGGGCCCCCCGGCGGCGGCGGCUUCGGAGGAGGUGGAAGCAGCGUGCGGCCGUGGGGGUCGAGCGGCGGGACGUCGGUUUCGUCUUCGGGGAAGCGGAUACAGAAGGAGCUGCUGGACCUCAACGCCUCCGACUGCUCCGCCGGGCCCAAGGGCGACAACCUCUACCACUGGCUGUCCACCAUCAUCGGGCCCCAAGGAUCGCCGUAUGAAGGAGGGAUAUUUUUCCUUGAUAUCGUGUUUCCCCCUGAUUAUCCUUUCAAACCUCCUAUGGUAACAUUCAAAACAAGGAUUUACCACUGCAAUGUUGAUGCCACUGGUAAAGUGCAUCUGGACAUUCUGAAGGAUGGCUGGAGUCCAGCUUUCACUAUUUCAAAGGUGUUACUGGCCAUCAAAGACAUCAUCAGCAAUCCAGAUCCAUACACCCCGCUUGUGAUGAACAUUUCACGUCAGUAUCUGACUGACAGAACUAAACACGAUGAAAUAGCAGCUGAGUGGACAAUGAGGUUUGCAAGAUAGAGAAUUAUGUCUGUAUCUAAGCAAUGUUGACCUUGUAAAAUAAUAAUCCUUAAUGUGGCUCGAGAUGUAGAACAUUGGCAAAGGACCCAUGUUUUGUUUAGACUGAGUUGUAACAUAAAGAUGUACUUUAUGCUUGAGGUUAUUUAGUUGCUUCUUUUAGGUGCAGAA